AUGGCUACCAUGAACAUUCGUCGUGAUGUCGCCGACCCCUUCUAUCGCUAUAAAAUGGAACGUCUGAUGUCUAAGAUUGAAGGCAAGGGAAAUGGCAUCAAGACAGUCGUUGUCAACCUGAGCAGCGUCGCGCAAUCUCUAGCCCGCCCACCAUCUUACGUUAUCAAGUACUUCGGGUUCGAGCUUGGUGCGCAGACUAACACCAACCCAGCAGAUGACCGCUGGAUCAUCAACGGCGCUCAUGAUGCUUCCAAGCUGCAAGACCAUCUCGACGGUUUCAUUAACAGAUUCGUGCUCUGCAAAAAAUGCAAAAAUCCAGAAACCGAUGUAGUGGUCAAAGACGACCGCAUCUCUCUGGACUGCAAAGCCUGCGGCCAACGCUCUGAUGUCGAUGUUCGCCUCAAGCUAAGCGGCUUCGUCCUCAAGAACCAGCCCAAGAAGGGCAAGAAGGACAAAGCCGAGAAAAAGGCACGUCGCGCCAAAGCCAAAGAGAACGAUGGUGCGCUUGAAGCCAACAGUGACGAUGAGUUCACGCGCCGCAUCAACGAAGAUGCCAAGGACUUGAAUGGUGCUGUAGCGGACGAAGACACAGUGGAAUGGACUGUUGAUACCUCGGAGGCAGCUGUCAAAGCUCGUGCCCAGGAACUUCCCAGCGAUUUCAAGCAGUCGCUCACCCUAGAAGAUGCCGAAGAUGACGGUGAAGAAGGUGGCGCGGGCAAUACGGCCUACGAUCAACUCGGUAGCUGGAUCAUCAGUGCCGCCGAGAGUAAGCCUCAAGGUGUCGCAGAAGUCCCCGACGUGGAGAUCUACUUGAAAGCCAAAGAACUAGGUCUUGAAACGAAGCACAAGACUCUGACUGUACUCGCCCAGACGAUCUUCGACGAUGGCAUGGCUGAGCAAAUUCCUAAGCGUGCCAGCAUGUUGAAGAAGAUGAUCACUUCCGACCGUCACCAGAAGGCCCUGCUUGGUGGCACCGAGCGCUUUGUAGGCAAGGAGCAUCCAAAGCUCAUCGCUCAGGUUCCCAAGAUUUUACUGGCACUUUACCAGGAGGACCUAGUCACGGAGGAAGUCCUCAAACCUUGGGCUUCCAAAGCUUCCAAGAAAUAUGUCGACAUUUCGACUAGCAAGAAAGUCCGCAAAGCUGCCGAGCCGUUUAUCGAGUGGCUCAAUAACGCUGAAAGUGACGACGAUUCGGAAGACGAGUAG